AUGAUUUCUGACAAACGUUUGUCUCCACAGGACAAGGACACGUUGGUGGCAGACUUCACUGCCCAAAAAGUAGCCGUUCUUCCUUCAACUGGAGGCAGAAAAGUUGUCGACAUUAAAGCGUCGAAGACAUACGUCAUUCCUUCUGCGGGUGGCUGCACAGUUCGCAAGUCGCUACCAACAGAAAAGUUCUCGAAGUGUCUAACAGCUGAUGCCAAGUUCCUCCACACCCUGACGUUUGGCAUCGAGUAUCCUGUGACCAUGUACCGCUACAAAACGUCAGUGGGAGGCGUUGACAUAACCGAUGCUCUCGUCCUGAUAGAACCAGGAGUCGGCUCCUACCCCGUCAUCGUCAAGUAUUAUGGGCCGGCGCCACCACAAGGUGACAUCCUCAAAAUCGUAGCAGACCCUGUGACGUCAGUGGCUGACCGCUCGGUUUUCAACGUCCCAGAUAAUUGCCAGGAGACACCCGUCGUGGGCUAACCGAUGAGGAAUGAAUUAUCUUACGUCCUUAUAG